AAUAAGCUUCCGGGUUAGCUGAAGGGCAGCCAUCAAGCCGGUUGGCGUGAGCUGCACAUGAUGGAGGCUGCAGCAGAUCCACAGUUGCAGAGGUUUAUUGAGGCGGAAACCCAGAAACAACGAUUUCAGGGUCUGGUGCAUCAGCUGACAGAACUGUGCUGGGAGAAGUGUAUGGAGAAACCAGGUCCAAAAUUGGACGCUCGGAGUGAAGGUUGUUUUGUGAACUGCGUUGAAAGAUUCAUAGAUACCAGUCAGUUUAUCCUUAACCGGCUUGAGCAAACACAGAAAUCCAGAGGGGCAUUUUCUGAGAGCUUAUCUGAAUAAAGAAAGGAAACUCGCCUAAAAAAGUUUAUUCAACAAACUGCAGGGAUCUUCUAAGCGGAUUGGCACAAUUGGGGGAAACAGGAUUUCAGAAAACCUUUGUAAGGGGGAAACAAAAUGUCUAGUGGAUUGAACAUUUUUAUAUAACAGUCUAGUUGAUCUUUUCUGAUAGCCUGGUCUGCUGUGGGAAGAGUGAGCUUUGUGAGUGUUGGACUGAAAACUGGACGUUUAGGCCAUGACUCAACCUGUCUGGCACAGUGAGAUGUCCUGCCAUCCACAUGUACAAUAUGUCUACAUCUGAUGACUUAUUUUAUGUUAUGGUGAGAAACCUAUGCACUUCAAUAAAUGAGAGAGCUUCAGUAUAGCCUAUAUUGUGUACUUACAUUGUAGGGCUGUUGUCUCUCUCCAGCAGUCA